AUGACGAACUCAGCAAACAGAAUAUACGAAGGAUGUGUUCGGGACGACCUUCCAUCACUGGAAUCGUCCAUCAUCCGUGUGUUCUCGAGCUCCACGUUCACGGAUAUGUCUGUGGAGAGGAAUUUUCUCAUGAAGAAAUCCAUUCCAAAGAUUCGAGAUUACUGCUUCAUGAAUGGACUCACUUUUCAGUUGGUGGACAUGCGAUGGGGUGUACGUGACGAGGCCUCCAUUGACCACACCACCAAUGAAGUUGUUCUGGGCGAAGUUGAGAAGUCUAAAAGGAUAUCACGUGGACCGUACAUGUUGGCCUUUCUUGGUGACAAAUAUGGCAGUCGACCUAUGCCAAGUAAAAUCGAGGCUGGAGAAUACAAGCUGUUACGGAGAACGGCAAUGAAGCUGGGCUAUGAUAUCAGUCUAAUGGAUCAGUGGUUUAAACGGGAUGACAACGCUGAACCUGCCAUAUUUUAUAUCGUCCCAAUUACCAAGAUUCUACCAAAUUACGACAAUGACUUGGAAGGGUUUGAAAAGCAACGUGAAAGUGACAGGGAGAAGUGGUCCAGUGUGGAUGCUAAGCUCACCAAAAUGUUUCGUGCUGCUGCUGGUCAAGCUUAUGAUGAAGGCCUCAUCGAUAGAGAAACACGACACAAGUAUUUUUACUCGGUGACAGAAGUGGAAAUCACAUCAGGCAUACUUCAACCAGAAUCUGUGAAAGACAAAGUCAUUUGUUAUUUUCGUUCGUUUUUGGAUAUCAACAUCAACGACAAGCUUGCCUGGAGAUUUACAGAUUUGAUAGAUGGCGCUGUAGAUGAUGAAGCCAUGGAGUUGAGAGAGAGGCUCAAGUUCACGCAGGUUAUGCCAAAGCUUGGCCCAGAGGAGAUGCAGAAGUACAGCCUAUAUUGGACCCCCGUGGGAGUCGACACCAGUAAUGAAGAUCACAUGACCUACCUCAAUAACAUGUGUGAAGAUUUUGAAAAAAAAAUGAUGCGUAUGAUUGAAAAAUCAUUGAAAUUGAAACACAGGAAACAUUUUGGUGUCAAUGAGAAAAUGUAUGUGGAAGUUCUGCAGCACUUACAUUUUGCCAAACAUAAAAGUCAAACGUUUUGUGGAAGAGCUAGCUUGCUUGAGACAAUCCGACAAAAAAUGCUGAUAACCCAUAAAGUUGCAGAUGCUGAAGACCAAAGUGAUGAUGAAGAAGACAAAGCCGUUAAUGAUGCUGAUGCUUCAUCCAAUGUGUCCUUGUAUCAAUCAUCAGACGGACAGAUCUCCCAGAAAGACUAUGAUGCACUCAAACAGAUACAAAUGGAGCAUGAACAAAUUAAAGGGAGUUUAAAACAGCUUGGUAUUGUUUACAAUCACGCUGACAUUGAUCUUGAUCAUGAAAACGACCCAAGCCGUAAUCCAAAAGCAGAAUUGAUCCGCUUGCCUGCAAUAAAGACAUACUGUCGGCCAAUCGUUGUUUAUGGCCAUUCUGGGUCUGGAAAAACAUCGGUGAUGGCCAAGGUAGCUGAACUGAGUAAAACUUGGUUUCCAAAUUCGGUGCAAAUUGUCCGGUUUUUGGGAACUUCAGCAAAUUCUUCUUCCAUCCGUGAUGUUCUUUUAGGUAUUUGUUUUCAGAUCUGGAUGCUAUACAAAGUGAAACCCCCAUUAAACCUUGACCUUGAAAGUGAUUUUAUCUUCCUUUCCCAGUACCUGACAUCUUUGCUUUGGAGGAUUAACACUGAGAAAAGACCACUCCUCAUCCUUCUGGACUCGGUUGACCAGCUCUCAAUGUCUGAUCAUGCUAGUGCUAUGCAUUGGCUGCCCAAUAAGGUGCCCCCCAGUGUUCGUAUUAUUGUAUCUACCAUACCAGAAUAUGAAUGCCUAGAAAACCUUCGCUCUAUGCUUCCAUUACAAAACAUGGUUCAUGUUUCGUCAUUGUCACAAGAAACGGCAGAGAAUAUGAUAAAAAACACUCUUGAAUCCAAAAACCGUCGACUUACAAAACUUCAGUGGCGCCACCUGCUUGAAAAGACUGCUAAGGUUGGGCAGCCACUUUAUGUGAAGCUUUUGUCUGACCAGGCUGUGACUUGGAAGUCUUCGACUGCGAUGUCGAAAGUCAAUGUCGGCAACAACAUCAAGGAAGCCAUUUUGCAUCUGUUUCAAGCCACAGAGAAAGAACAUGGAGAGAUCAUAAUUAAUCAUUUAUAUGGUUACCUGUCUGCCGCACGUGAUGGCUUGUCGCUUUCGGAGAUAGAAGACAUUCUCUCCCUUGAUGAUGAAGUACUACAAGACACAUUUUUAUACCACCUACCUCCAGACCCAGAAAACGUCCGCUUCCCAUCGGCUGUACUCACUCGGGCACUGUCAAAUGUUUUAGACUAUCUCGUCGAACGAAGGUCUGGUGCAACAUCAGUUUUGUCCUGGUACCAUCGCCAGUUUACAGAGGUGGCAGCAGAAAGGUAUCUCUCUAGAGAUCGAGCCAUCAAGAUCCAUGCCACAUUGGCUGACUUUUUCCAGGGAGUGUGGUAUAAAAAGAGAAAACCGUUGAAGCUGUACAAAAGGAAAACAGCCAAUUAUCCAAACUCCAUUCGCUCGGUACCAGAUCAGCCUACUUUGUAUUGUGCAAACAUGUACAACACACGCAAAAUUAUUGAACUGCCUUUCCACCUGAUAAAAUGCCAACGGUACCAAGUAUUUCGUGAUGUCAUUGCUUGUGAUUUCAGUUUCCUUUAUGCAACAUGUAAGACAGUAGGUAUCACCAACCUCAUAGAAGAUCUCCGCCUGUGUUUGGUUGCCAUGGAUACAGAUGGUUACCUUGAUGAGGAGGUUUACAAUGACAUCAAAUGUGUGCAUGAGAUUUUGUUGAUGGGUGUCAACAUGAUUCGUAAAGACACCAACAAUCUUCCAAUACAGGUGGUCUCCAGGCUUGGUCGCACAACAGUGAAGACAACCUGGUUAAACAAUCUUGUAAAAGGAGCAUAUGGAUGGUGCAAAACUACCUCUAACCCAGUACUGUCACCGCAGUCAUACUGUAUGCCACAACCAGGAGGUGUUCUUAGAAUCACCAUUGACCUGGAGAUUUUCCUGACGGAAAAUUCCAGAGAGCGUGACUUGGGCCACAUUAUGUAUCUUCAAGAGGAUGUCAAUCAACUGUUUGUGCUGACCCCGCCCACAUCGAGAUUUGACGACGCCUUCAUUCAUAUGUUUGACCUAGCAGACAAUGGCAGCCGUGUGUUCAUGAGCAAAUUGACCAGGAAUUUCAUGGCUGUCAAUUUUUUGGCUGGAAAAAAAUACAUGCACCUGAAGGACACAAAAGGUCAUGACAUGUUGUUCUUGACGAAGACAGCUGCUCCUUUAGUGUUUCCACAUGAGGCACACAGUGUUACUGCAUCCAGGUCUGGAAAAUACCUCAUCUAUUCUAGUCUUUCCAAAGUAUAUGUUUGUCUCAGUGAUGCUCGUGGUGGUGUUACCAAAAUCAAGCAUGUUUUAGAAACAGAUCAACGGGAAAAGCCUGUCGAUAACCCUGAUGAUGAAAAAGCUGAAAAUGAAGGAAUCAAGAAAAAAAUUCCUAAGCAAAAGCCAUGUGAGGUGGUUAACCUGCUUACCUCCCCUGAUGAGAAAUAUCUAGCGGUAUUUACCACUGUAUGCGGUUACUACAAGAUAUGGAAUCUGGAGACAGGCGCAUUUCUAUUUGAAGCUAAAAAUCCAGAUGAAAAUGAAAAGGAUUUCUUUAGCUUUUCACACUCAGAAUAUAAUAACAUUGGAAACGCUUCGAUCAUUACUGACAGUAACAUUCUGAUUUAUCGCAAAGAUGGUUACCGUUUAAAAGGUCAGCUUUGUGUGUUUGAUAUUGGACAGGAAACAUUCCUAUACACAUUUGACAGUGGAUCAGACUACAAGCUGACAUUGUUGUCGCUUCACCCGACGCAGCGUUUUAUAUCUGCCGCUACGUCAGAAACCAUUUGCAGUAGUGGCAAUAACGGCAAGGAAUGGAAAAUCUGGGACAUUCAAAGUGGUGAAAUGGUCACCAAGGCAACAGUACCAGAGUUGUAUAAUGACAGUUGGGGCAUGGAUUGCUUGAAACUUUUUGGUUCGGAUAAAAUAUUUACAGUGACAUCGCAUCACAGAACUAAUGGAGCAAUAUCAAUAUCUUACUGUGGUAAUGUGGACAAUCCAUCACCCUCAGCGAUCCCUUUCUGUGUCCUAACUGGUCACACCAUGGACUUGGUACAGGUGUUAGUGAGCUCAGACAUGAAACAGCUGAUCUCAGCUGCCAAGGACAACUGUGUGAAAACAUGGGACCUCGACAAAAUUCUGACCAAGUUCAACAGAGCAACUCAGGGUUGCCAUGACGAUGAAGAAAUAGCCUCAAAAAUGAUACCAAAGUUUGAGGAGGAGCUCAGACAGAUUGUCACCACUAAUUCUCUAGGGGUCAACAGUCAGACACAAGAAAUUUACUUAGCCCUUUCGAGUGGUGAAAUGGUGAUUGAAGAUCUGAAGUCAAAUCAUAUUAAGAGUCGCGUGAGCUUGACAUCGGAACCGUUGUCCUUGCUGUUUGUAGGGUCUGCCAGUGACCUUGUGAUAGCUGCCACAGAGAAGGGAAACAUUGUUGUUUGGAACAUAGAAACAGAAGAAAUCCAACAUUCUCUCACGUGUAAACAUAAAGUGUCCUGUAUGGCAGAGGCCAGUGAUGUCCUUGUGGCAGGACAGGCAGGAAUGGAGGCUAAAGGCAGUAUCUGGAAUAUAAGAACAGGUGACCUGCUGAGGGAAUUGUCCCUUCUUUACUCCUUCUAUACAGUGGCCAUCAAUUCUAGUGGAACUAAGUUUGUAUCCUGUAUGUUUGAUUUCCCUGUGGUGGUCAGUGUUAAAGAGGACACAGAAACCGAUAUGAUGGACAUGAACAUAAUGGACACACAGAUGUCGGCAGCCAAAUGCACAGCAGUCAGUCCUGAUGAGACCCUUGCUUUAUGCGGCUCAAUUGAUGGUAGCAUCCGUGUGAUCGAGAUGACAGGAGCCUAUAAAUUUCGACUUGGACAGAAAUCGACAGUAGUCACAGCAUUGUUCUCUCCUGACAGUCAGUCAAUUGUGUCUGGUGGUUACAAAUCUAUCUACAUUUGGAACAUGCAUGAUGGCUCUCUGAAGUUCAAGGUUCGAAAACAUGACAAUUUUGUUCUCAACAUCAAGUUUGAUCAGAAAGGAACCCAUUUUCUAACAACAGGCAGGGACAAGAAAAUUGUGAUUUGGGAUUUUCGACGUGGCAUCUCCCUAACAACAUUCUAUGCAGAUAGCCAAGUCGAUCAUGUUGAAUUUACAAAGCGGGGAUAUGUUGUAUUUGUUCCUGAGGGUGUUUCGUGUGCUGCUUCACUAAAACCCAAUGCGGUCCUCAAACAAAUGCUGAAGGGAAAAUACAACCUAAACAUAGGUGCCAAUAUCACUGAUGCACAGGGUAUGGCUCUUGGCUUCUCCUGUCAGAAAAUACAGGCCAACAGUGAAAGUGGCAUGUGUGAUAUUUUGUAA